ACGCUGCCAACCAUAGACAAAAGAGGGAGGAAGUUUGUGAAUGAUCGAUUUUACGCCGGCCUCCUGAACCUCUCAACGACAUUUUUCUUUGUUUGCCGUAACGCGUGUGGACAAUAUCAACUGUAGCCGUGAAUCCGCGUACACAUCAAUAAAAUGGCGAACACGUUUCGCGCGGUGACGGUGUCGACGGUGAGUGGCGAGGGCGCACUCACAGCGCGCUUCAAUUUUCCUACAAACGUAAACGUGGAUUACGACCCGCAAGGGCUGAGUGUAAAAGUGAUUCGUGCGGACCCAGUGCUGGCACAGGAGGUGCUUGAGUUUCCCGUGCACAGUCAGAGUGAGUGUUCGCGUGUCGCAGGCCAAUCGUACAUAUUCACGAUCGACAAUGAAACGCUAUUCUUCAAGUUCGCGUCUGACGCCGACUGUCAAGCCUUCCACCUGCUCGUUUCAAAGACGAAGGCAGGCAGGUCAUCGUCUGUGUUUACAGUGCGCACGGAAGAUUCCUCAGCGAUGCAGUACUUCCAGUUUUAUGGUUACUUGAGCCAGCAGCAGAACAUGAUGCAAGACUACGUGCGGACCAGCACGUACCAGCGCGCCAUACUCUCGAACAUCAAUGAUUUCAAGAAUAAAGUAGUGCUAGACGUAGGAGCGGGCUCAGGUAUUCUCUCGUUCUUUGCUGCACAAGCGGGAGCUCGCAAAGUGUACGCGGUGGAAGCCAGUAACAUGGCUCACCACGCGCAGGCGUUAGUGAGGGCCAAUGGUCUCCACGACCGCAUCACUGUAGUCGCGGGCAAGAUUGAAGAAAUUGAGCUCCCAGAGAGUGUAGACGUAAUUAUUUCAGAGCCCAUGGGCUACAUGUUAUACAAUGAACGUAUGUUGGAAACAUAUCUACACGCCAAGAAGUGGCUGAAACCAAAUGGUAACAUGUACCCCACGAGAGGAGAUCUGCACAUAGCGCCCUUUACUGAUGAUGCUUUGUUUAUGGAACAAUAUAACAAAGCUAACUUCUGGUACCAGACAUGCUUUCAUGGUGUAGACUUGAGUGCAUUGCGCACUGCAGCCAUGAAGGAGUACUUUAGACAGCCUAUUGUAGACACGUUUGAUAUUCGUAUUUGUAUGGCUCGGUCAGAACGACAUGUUGUGGAUUUCUUGAAUGCUCAUGAGACAGAUUUACAUAGAAUUGAAAUACCAUUCAGAUUUGAGCUCACACAGUCGGGUACAUGCCAUGGGCUGGCAUUCUGGUUCGAUGUUCUGUUUGCUGGUGCCACGCAACAUAUUUGGUUGUCAACUGCUCCAACAGAGCCCCUUACACAUUGGUAUCAGGUCCGAUGCCUCUUAGAGACACCUAUUUUCGCUAAACAAGGCCAAGCACUCACAGGCCGUGUAUUGCUACUUGCAAACAAACGUCAGAGUUAUGAUGUUACAAUGGAGAUCAAUUUAGAAGGCACAAAUAUCUCGUCAUCCAAUACUCUGGAUCUGAAGAACCCAUACUUCAGAUAUACGGGCGCGCCAGCGGCGCCUCCUCCAGGUGUGAACAGCAGCUCGCCUAGUGAAACUUAUUGGAACUCUAUUGAGUCAACUGCUUCACUGAGCAAUGGACAAGGAGUGAUGCUAACUGAUGCAACCCAGCAAUACUGCUCUACACCCGACCAGACCAUUGCUUAUGGAACACAUCCCAAUAUGAUCAAAACAGUGAUGCUACAGGAGGAGUUCAUCAAGAGGAUCGGAAUAAGUCAAAAUGGGGACAUAUAAUCCGAGAGGUCGCGCCGAGCGCGCCUUAGGGCAAUAAGGAACCGCCGUAAUCGGUUGUGAACUAUCUUCCGUUCAGACUUUAUAGUGUGUAAGCGGACUUAUUUAUUAUAAUACAUCACAGUGACACAAUCAUGUAACUAGAGACUCUGCUGGCCUUGUAAAUUAAGUAAAAAGUGAAAUGGUAAUCAAAGGCAAUAAGUUUAAGCCUUCUCUGUGAAUUGUUUAGUUUUUGGCGGAACCAACGCUUAUUAGUGUAAUUUAACACACAUAGAAAGUGAAAUUCUGAUGUAAAUAUUCUAUAUUGGGAAGUGAAUCGUCGAGACUGGCCAGGCUGACCGUCUCUCGAGCAAGGCAGCUCUGCGGCUAGAAAUUGUACUAUUAAUUUAGUCCAAGUACAUUUAGGAUAAGCAAUAAGUGCUGAAUUUAAAUGAUAAUGCUUAUCAUUGUCAAUACUCAUUUACCAUUAUUGGAGUCAGGCUCAAUCAUUAGUUAGGUAGACGCAGCCAGUGAUAACCAGUCCAAUGAUACCUUCUGUCUGCCAGUCAACUCUAGAGAUCGCAAUUUAUGAAAAUUUACUUCCGUCAAAUAUUUUUAUACACUGCACUUUAGCCAUAGAAUGUGUAAAAAUAAAAAUCCUUUUUGUAAAUAUAGGAUAAAGUGAUCAAUUCUUUUUCUGGAACAUUGAUGUUGAGCAAAUAAUCAGUAUUGUAUAUGUUCUUAUUACUUGAUAAACUUAUGAAUGCUAUGAAUUUUGUACUGUAAGACUUAAACUAGUAAUGUGGGUCAGGAUCUGCUAUUUUUCAUUGUAGUAACAUUGGUGCUUGAUCCUCCAUUGCACAAAAAUAGAUCAGACAACAUGACUACCUCAUGAUUUGGCAGACAAUUAUUGGAUCUCUGAAGUGUGUGCUGAGAUUGCAAGCAAAGUCAUUUAAUUAACUUGUGAACAUAAGCAAUUACAUUUGACACCAAAAUAAGUUAGAUAAAUAAACUGUACUUAGAGUUAGUCAUGAGUUUGCUUGCAAAACUCAUAGCUUAGAAAAUUACAUGACAAUUUUGUAUCAUGAAGAUCACAUUGAGUUGCCAUAAUAGCUCUGGUUAGAAGUGGAAUGAAACAUGUUCAGCAAUAUUAAAUAGACUGAAAUACUUAAAUAAAUAAUUAAUCAUUAAAUAAUAUUAUGUAAAACACAAUUAUGUAAUAAUAUUUUCAUGCAUGUUCAAUAAAAUAUUGAUUUGUCUGGAAGCCCACAAAUAAAUUCUUGAUGUUUUUGAAUUGAUUUUGAACUUAUUACCAGAGCAAGAGGAUUGAAUCAAAUUGAUGUUUGAUCCUAAAAUUCUUUAUAAUAAAAGUGAUAAUUAUUAAUAAACCAGUUUCGGAGUAAGUUUUCUUGGAUGUAAAACGCAGUUAGAUUCUUUUAUCAAGUGAUAAUCAAGGUGUCUAAAUAAUUCAGUGAGUAGCAAGCUUCGUGUAAUUAGCAUGUACCCAUAAAAGUGCCUAAACAGUUCAUUCCUCUUGUAUUCAGAGCUCUAGUAUUUUUUCCCGUUAGUUUUUCUGGCAACAUAAAAAACGUAAGUAUCGCGCGGGCGGGGUGAUAAAAAUGUAAGUGCUUUCAAUGUCUUGUAGUUCAUCUAUAUGACUAGGUGCUGUAAAAGGCGCUGUAUAAUAAAUAUAAGGUAAUUACAUAUAGCCAACGUUUUAAAUAGGGAUUUGAUUGAGAGACAGUUUUUUACUUAAAUUCGAUUAAAAAUACGUUGAUGGAUAAUACUCCGAAAAAGGCGGGAAAAAUUGACAGUCCCUGAAUAAAAAAAGUAAGUCAUAUUUUUUUUAAUUAUAAAUAUCGCCUUGGUAUAAUGGCGAUUAGACCUCGUCCCGCGGCGUUGAUAUUUAGUACCUACGAAGCCAAUAUCACUUGCCAUUUAACGAAAUUCACUUUUGUUUUACGAAUAUCGUAGAGUCUAUAUUCCCUUGGCUAAUUAGGUGUUAGGCCACUAAUUAGAAUAACACCGAUGUUAGAUCAGUGAGCUAAAAAUGAAAAUUUAAUUGAAACGAAUUGAAAUAAAUUUGUGUUGAUGCAUUGGGGCUGUGUGGCGAUACUUAAUGAAAAUAUUAA